AGCACAAACGUCAAAGUCACCGCCUUUUUGUUUACAUCAAUAGAACAUUCGUCUGGCUGAAAGUCGCAGAGCAAAUAAAGUGGCUGCAAAUAAAAAUGCAUAUAACAAGUUAUCAAACGAAUUACUAUUCGAUUCCGGAUAUUUUGGUGACGCAGGAGAAAAUUCCAUGCAUUGCCGAAGCAUUGCUGCAUGGAAUUGGAACAUUGGAUCCAACAUUUGAUAAACCGAAUAUUUCGCGUGGUGAAAAGAUUGAGCUUCCACUUUGGUAUGCAAUUCAUCAAACCAGAUUGUCACGUUCGCGAACACUAAACUUCCAAGUGCCGGACAUUUACAAAAGUCGACUUAAGGAAAUUUGCGAAGCCGAUGCAUUAGCCGUGGAUUUGGGUCGAAUGAACAAGUUUUUCUACACAUUUGGUCAGUAUGUGGUGCCGUUCGACAACAGUAAUACACUCGCACAAAUGCUUUACGAAACGUGUCGUGCACGAUGCCGUUUGCUCAUCGAUUUAAGCAAAGACGCAGCCAGAGGUUUGAAAAAUGCACAAAAAUUCGAGCACAUCGAAUCGAUAUUGUAUGCAAUUGGAUGUUCAACAACUGAAAAACAUUUGAAAUGGCUGAGUGGACGAGCCGAACUACUGCACACACCGCUCAUGGUUUCCAAUCAUCAAAAACGACGACGAGCUCAACUCGACGAUGGUUUCGAUGAAAAUCCACGACUCUCAAAAAGUCCGAGAAUUUAACAAAAUAAAAAACUAAUAUCAUUUCAUUUGCAUUUAAGUAUCAAUUGAUUUUUUUCUUCAAAAUAAACGAAUUCAUCUCGUAGAAGUUUUUUUUUUUCAU